AUGAUUAAGAUUAAUAGAUUUGAUGAUGAUAAUGAUGAUGAUAGUGAUGAUAAUGAUGAUGAUGAUGAUAGUGAUGAUAAUGAUGAUGAUAAUGAUGAUGAUAGUGAUGAUAAUGAUGAUGAUAAUGCUCGACUGAUUGUUAAAAGAUUGUCAAAUUUGAUAGGCAAAAAUGUAUGCGAGCAAAAUGAUGAUAAUGAUAAUGAUAAUAAUGAUGAUGGUGAUAAUGAUAAUAAUGAUGAUAGCGGUGAUAAGUAA